AUGUACCCCAACCCCCUCGUCUACUGCACCUGCUGGGAUCCCUGGAACCUGGGGCCACGAAAGCUAAUCAAGACCCCUCAGCCACCAAGGAAGACCUCCUCGAUGAAGCCCAAGCUCUCUCCUCUUCCUCCAGCUGGAAGAAAACAAAAUUACGCCCAACUGAUAACAAAAUCUGUUGUCACCCCAAAAAUGAAAGUCCAUUUAGGAAAACAAGAGGACAGCAAUAAAUUACCUAAUGAAGUGAUAGAUGUGUCACCUGGCUACCGCCUCGUUCGGAACAGGGAGCAGAUUUCUGUCACCUUGGGAGAUGAGAUGUUUGAUAGGAAAAAACAUUCAGAAUUGGAGAACAUGGACAAAGCCAAAAUUUCCAGGACUGAUAUCAUUGCUGACCUCAAAGAACAGAUCUCAGAGCUGACAGUGAUCAUAGAGCAAAUGAACAGAGACCAUCGUUCUGCCCAAAAAUUGCUCUCUAAUGAAAUGGAUCUCCGCUGUGCCGAGAUGCAGAAGAACUUUGAAAGCAAGACGAGGGAGCUCAAGGAAGCUCACGCAGCACAGCUCAGUGAGUUGGAGAAAAACUACAAAGAAGCCUUGAAGGCAGAAAAGUCGGCUGCCCAGGACAAACUAGAGGAGAUGGGAAAAGAAUAUAAAUAUUUGAAGAAUAUGUUUCAUAUAUAUCAGGACAGCAUUUAUGAUGAAAUGGAGGACAAGUGGUCAAAGAAGAAGGCAGAGUGGGAGAAGGAUGAGAAGGUGGAGCGGGAGAGGAUACUGCUGCAGCAAAAACAUAAGAUAACCAGAAAGUUUGAGUUAGAAUCAGAAGAAGAAAGGAAGAAAAUAAAUGAGUCCUACACAGCUAUCUUUGAAAACUUCAAUCAGGAGAAGGAGGAGCUCUUAAAACAACAUGAAAGGGAUACCUUGCAAUUAGAGGAGCUUAGAAAGACAAAAGAGAUCCCCUGGAGAAGGAAAUGGGUGGGUAGACAUCAGUGCAAUGUCCUGAAACAAUUUCUUCUCACCCAGGUCAUAGAGGAAGAGUUGUAUGCUCAAGCUCUUAUCCUAGAAUCACUUAACACAACCCUCUACCAAACCCAGAUGGAACUCCAGAGAGAGAAAGCUGUGGUAGCAACUCUGGAGAAAACACUCCAGAUCAAGCUUACUGAAGCUGAAGACAAGUUUAAGUACACCAUACACCACUUGACAGAAGAAAACAUUCAUCUAAGGCAAAAGAUAAUUGCCAAAAAUGAAGAAAUUUAUGAUGAACUAUCUGGGAGAUCUACCUCUGUUAUUUAUGAGCAUAAUUCUGACACUUUAGAAGAUGGUGGCAACGAAACACAAGAAUCAUGAAAAGAAGAGUUGGUCUCUAUGACCAAAGAUGUU